AUGACCCUUACUCUUCAGGACGUGGCGAUGCUUCUAGGCUUGCCGUGUGCUGGACGAGCUGUGGGUGCAGAGGACGUGGGACUCUCGUGGCGCGACGACCUUUUGGCUCGGUUCGCCGGGGUUCAACGCAACGAGCUAGCGUUGCCGUACCGACCCUUGCCUGCGAACCACGCACACGGACCGACAAAGAGGUGGCUUCUACAGUUCAGUGCGGACUACAUGAGGGCAGACGCAGACGACUUUACGGUUGCCAGGCACUUCGAGGCGUACUUACUGUGGCUGUUCGGCUGGGUCAUGUUCUGCAGCUCGCAGGGUGACUCGUGCCCCAAACAGCUCAUUCCUUUGGCGAGGUCGAUAGCUGACGCUCCACUUCACGAGAUGCCACAGUUCAGCUGGGGUUCUGCUGUUUUGGCUGCGAGUUACAGGGGUCUUUGCACGGGCGUGACGAAGGUCUCAGCAGAGGAGCCCAUUUUUGUUGGGUGUCCUCUACUGUUACAGCUUUGGUCUUACGAGCGCUUUCGCGUCGGUAGGCCAGAGAUGAACUUCGAGCCGUACGUCCAGCUGUCCGCAGACCACGACGACGUCGACAGACCUACGAUGGCCUUCUUGGGUCGGCGUGCAGACGAGGAAGUCGUACCACGACUUUGUUGGUCAGUUUGA